ACUUUUAUUUUGCCUGUCCGGUGACGUUGCUGUAGGACGGAGUCCCGUCCCGAACAUCAGCGCAAAGCUAAAGGAUCUAAACUAGCGGGCGUGUGUGCCGUACACUUUCUUUCUGUUUCUGUCUCUAUCACACACGCCCAGGAGGAUGAACGAACCAUUUCAUGAAGAGGAUAUAUUGCACUUCAUUUGACUUUUUAAACUUUUUGGGUGUUUUCUGUGCGAUAGUGGCUAAUGUGAUGGUAACGUGGCUCGUCAGCACUGGAGGAUUUCGGGAACUUUUUUUACUCUCAAACAUUUAGCAAAUACAUUGUUAUUUAACCAACAGUUGUCUAAGAUUUUUAUAGCAGUAGAUUUAUUUUCAAAGGCAUUUAAGUUGUCAGAUAAGUGACGAUUCACGGGUUACGCAUCUUGCUGAUGUAUUUACGAUCCGUUUACUGUACCGUAUAAUACAUUAAAAUAAAUCGUCAAACGUAUUAUCCUACUUAUAAUUAUAUAAGUAACGUUAGUGUAAUAGCACAACUACUCAUUUAAUCCGUUCUUUUUCUAUUAAAUACGGUUAAAUUCGGGAAGACACAGGGACUGCCCAGAACCAGUCAUCUGUGGUGUUUUGCAUUAUAAAUGUCGACAAAUUUUCCGUGUGACGUUUGUUAAAAGUCCUUGUUUGCGCGCGUGGCAGAUUUAAAUCCUUUAAAUCGCAUUAUCUUUCGUUGUCUUGUUGGUUAAAGGCAGAUUUACGACCCUCUGUCCACCAUUCUUGUGUGUGACCCACCGCCCCAAGUUUCAUUUUUGCGUGUUUGUGAAAGUGUUUUGUUGGUCAACACUAGGCGGGAAGUGUCGUUAGUGUCUCGGGAUGCGGAAGGGAAAGGUGUCGAGUCUUGGGUAAACAUGUUUAAGGUUUUACAGUAGUAACUGUGACGGUGAUCAUGUCGUCUGUGGAGGAGGGUGUUUUCUCCUGGGUGGAUAACUGGCAGUGGCUCUGUAUGGUCACUUUGUUUCUGGCCUCUGUUGUCACUUUGAUUGUAUACUUGGUGCAGUAUUUUUCCAUCGGACGUUCUGUGAAGAGGACAUCAAGUCAUGUGGAUUUGGAGGAAGCUGAUGGGAUUUUAUCUUGGGUCUUGUCACUGAAAAGCUGGAAGGGACAAUGGAGAAAAGCCUGGUUUAGAAGCCUCAAUAAAGAAGCUAGGUCAUCACAGAGCGGGAUUCAGUUGACCUUUGAAGAGGAUGAUGUCCAGUCAUCCGAACUGGCCAUUGGCCAAAUUUCAAGCUUUACAAAAACACGCGGUCAAAAGAAUGUCCAAUGUCAUGUGGCUGGAAACAAGUUGCAGUUUUCUCUGACUGCUUUACCAAGCUCAACAUCUUCAGAAAUGCCCCUGAGAUACAAUGUGACAAUAUCUCCACUUCGUCUGCAGCUGGCCCUACAGAUGAAGGAGGUGAACGGGGAGGUAGAGAUUUCCUGGGGGCUGCAAAACCUAGACUCUGUAGAUGUGCAGCUCACACCAAGUUUUACCCAGGGAAAUUAUGGGUGUCUAAGUGAAGCCGCAGUGAAGAACAAGCUGAGACAGAUCUUGUGUGCAACUUGUCCAUCAGUUACUCUAAGCAGCAAGCCUGCAGAAGUCAAGCAGGAAGUAAGGAACAAGACCUCACAGGUGACCUCACCCCCGAAGCCCCCUCGAGCCCAUGAAUGGAAACUGUUAGUGAAGAACAUCCAGGUCACAUGUAAACAGGAGGAUGGUGCCGCAGGCGGCAUAAAUCCUCAGUGUCUUCUCCAAUUGGACGAUCCUCCUCAAAACUUCACCACUGAAGUCUUGACUAACACAUCCACCCCGGCAUGGGACCAGCCCUUCAUUUUUGAGCUUAGCGGCCGCUCAAAGGAGCUGAACAUCCAAGUCGUGGAUAACGGCAAACCUCGAGAGAGUGGAUUGUUGGGACAGGUAUCUGUGCCUUUUGAUCUGGUAAAGAAACAUCCCAAAGGUCAACAGACCUUUUCACUCAUGACCAAAGAUCAAGUGACCGGCUCACUAACUACUGAGUUUACAUACCUGGAGCCCAGCGAGGUGCGUAGCUGGCAGCCACCCACGCCGGCCCCGGCUAAGAGAGUGGAGAUGGACCGCACUGUGAUGCCCUGUGGCACCGUUGUUACCACGGUCACUGCUGUGAGGAGCAAACCGGGGCGACCUUUACCACCUGUUACAGAAUCCAAAUCUCCCUUAAAAAGCAAGCUGGCAGAGAGAAGGGUGUCAGAGCAGACUUCAUUACUUGGAGCCAAAGUUAGCAAAGCCCUGUCAUCUUCUGAUACAGAGUUAUUGAUGCUAAAUGGAAGUGACCCCGUUGCUGAGGCUGCCAUCAGACAGCUACAUGAGUCGGCCAAACAGAAGCUCAAAUCUCCCGUCAAGAAAAGUACCAUUAUCAUCUCUGGAGUGACUAAGACCCCUGUAACACCGGAUGAUGAGAUGGUUAUGAUGGCAGGAUAUGCAGCUGCAAUGGAUGCCUCCAUGUCUGGAGCUUCUGAGGUCUUCAGCAGUGAAACGGUUCCCUCGGAUGCAGCAGCAGAACCCAGCGUUCUCGAACAUCCAGAAUCCGUGGUGGGCACAAACGGCACGGACCACGUGGGAGACUGGGAGAGCCAGACCGGAGAGUACCCAGAUGCGGAUAAAACCUCUCUCUCCUACUGUCCCUCGGAAACUGGUUCCAAAAAAGGAAAAGGCAGCUUCUUGCACAAGAGUGCCAAGCUAUUCUUCAGACGGCGACAUCAGCGGAAGGAGCCGGGUAUGAGUCAGUCCCAUAAUGACCUGCAGUACCUGGAGAACCCUGAGGCUGCCAUGGUGGGCGACAGGGAGACGAGAACGGCCACGUUCAGACGCAUUAUCAACCGCAAGCUUCUGCCCAAGAGCAAGAGCAAACCCAAUGGCACCAUGAGAGAACCCAAUACGUGAGCUCAGCUCAGGCACGGUUCCUACGCGUUCUUCUGCUCCUAAACUAACAGCUUACCUCAUUUCCUUAAUCUCUUUGUCCGUGCUCAUUUCCAUAAUGAUCUUGGUCGCAUCUGCCAAAACCACUGCGUGCCAACAAUCACCCUCUCAUUGCCCAAUGACCCCAACCAUUUCAGAAAAUGCUUCCUUCUGCCUACCAACAUUCCUUUUCUCCAGAAUUCACAGAAUUUUGAUAUUCAGACCCCUCAACUUCUGGAUCAACUCUAUGAACUUAGUCAAUUUCAAGCUGUGCUAGAUGUCUCUUUGCAGAGAAAGGGAAAAAGAUAUUGUUUUGCUUGUCAAUCAAACUGUACCCUUUAUUUUUGAACUAACUAAUGUGUGUAUAUGCAAGAAAGUAUACAGAACUGCGUUCGAUUAUGCACUGACUGUUCUGUCAUCGCUCAAAUAGACUUAUUUAACCUUAUGCAAACUGUGAUCGCCAUGCAAAAGAUACUUUGCUUCUGUGGCCUUCUAACCAAAGCGGGAUAUAAGGACAAUGCUCCUUUGCAUUCUGCCUACAUUUAAGCUUUUUCGAAACACUCUGGAGACCAGUGAGAUACCAUUUAUUGGUUUGCACUUCUUCAAAUGCUCAGAAUUCAUGUGCACUGUGCAGUGAAUUCAGAUUCAUCAUGAUAGAAAUUUUCUGAAUUAGCUUGCAUUGACGUGAAUUGAAUUUGAGAUGUUGAACUCCGUCAAAGGAAAAGAAGUCUGUUUAACUGUUUUCAUAACAUUAUUUGACCAAUUUUUGACUUUGCAUACAGAAGUCAUCUUUUAUUUUCCAGUAGCUUUAAUAGCCGUCUUUAAGUGUGUGAAUUUUUAAAAGAUUUUGAAAUGGCUGUUCUCUGAUAUUUUAUUUUAAUUUUUUUGUUUGGUUCCCUGUUAACCUUUUAUUUUUUUAUAUGCAACAGCAAUAUACAUUAUUUGGUUUAUUUUUUAUUUUAGGUAUUUUCCCUUUUGAUUCAAUUAUUUUGAUAAACAUGAUUUUGUCAUUUCACAACUGUGCAACACAAUUACAAUUUUGUGUGAAUUUUACCAAAGGAUCUUUAACACUAAGUUUAUAUUUUCAUACAGAAAGAUCAGCUUGUGUCUCUUGACACCUUAGCUGUUAUUUUCCCAGAUUGCUUAUUAUGUUUAGUAAUGUUGGCAGUGAAUGCAAACCGGUUUAAAUACUGGACCUCAACUGUUGAUCCUCUGCCAAGAACUGCAGAGGUUGGGAGUUUUAUAACAAACUCUGCUGGACGUUUACUUGAACUUAAGUCACGCGUGUAAAAGAAACAUGAAUGCCUGUUCAACCUGAAUGUCGCAGUCUUGCCGAUCAUUCCGUGCUGUGGGAGGACUACAAUAUGUUAUGUUGGGUGAAGUUUUAAAAUGUUGUCUAUGUUGCGUCCAUGUUGUUUUUGUGUGUUGCCAUG